AUGGCCGCUUCAUCAUCGACCACUCAAAUGUUCGAGGUGCGCGUCGAUCCGGAAGUAAUGAGUCGGAAAAUACUGCACGGUUUUUUGCCACUCACGGAUGCCAGAGUAUUACUGAGGGAAGAGGGUGAUUAUCUACUCCGGCUUGUGGAUUACCAAGGGCAAUUUAUUUGUGUAUUGUCGGCACUCCACAUCGGGGAAGUGCUUACUGUAUGCGUCAGUCGCAGGGACAAAAUGUACUUCUUUGAUCCGAGUCACAAGGUUUGUUUCCAUUCGUCAGAGUCAUCGAACACGUGCUCCAUCCAUCUGUAG